AUGUCUGAGGAACAGCAGCAGCAGCAAGAGCCAGAGCUUAACGAGUUUCAGAAAUACAAUAACGCCGUGGACCAGACAAAGCUACCCUUGUUCAGUAGGGCCCAGCUACAGCGGUACAACGGGGUGGACCGACCCGAAAUCUACGUUGCGAUCCGAGGAAUCAUCUACGACGUUACUCAUAACCUGAAGAGCUAUGGCCCAGGUAAAGCGUACAAUCGUCUUGUGGGUAAAGAUGCUAGCAGACAACUAGGAACCAACAAGCUACAAUUGGGGCCCAACGAGCAAUUGGCCGAUGAUCCUGAAAACACGUGGUAUACGGGAGACUUAACAGAGAAACAGAACCAGACGGUGGACAAAUGGGGGGAUUUUUUUAGAAAGAGGUAUAAGAUAGUAGGGUUGGUGGUGGAUCAGCAUGACCGGGACUAG